AUGAUUUUCUUUCAACCUGUGCUAGCCAUCUUGGGCUGCGCCAUCCUUGCGGCUGGCUACUCCAUCCCCGGCUCCGUCGAGCGCGUAUACUUCUAUUACGCCUACAAGCUGGACUUCCUGACUCCUGGAGCUCAGGUAAUUGCACCAGGUUGUCCGGGAGCAAAAGGCAAGGCGUGUACUCUGGACGAAUUCAUAAGAUACAUCAGCCAGAACUCUGAAAAGCUGCCGAAAUUCUCCAUAACAACUGAGGAGUACCCUCCCGUCGCGGCGACUGCCCAGAAAAUUGCCGAUGAAGGCUUGACUGGCGUCAUCGAUGUCAACAAAGUCGUCCAAGACGCCAAAGGCAAUUACGCCACUCUCCUCCGUAAAGUAGGGGAUCGGGUUCUCGGAAAGCUGGAGUCGAGCCCCAAGGACGCAGCAGAGCUCGCUAACUUCGAAAUCUGCAAGACAAACGUCUUUGAGUCCAUGAAGGCGGUAUACAACGAGCGUAUGCGUGCAGCCGUGGAGUCGUUCAAACCGUUUGCGGGAGAGGCUGAGGCCUUCAAAGUUGUUGAAAUAGAAAAAGGAAGAGGCAAAACGGUGAACUGGGGGGAAACAGUAAAGGCGAAUCCCGGAAAGACCAAGAAAGAAAUCACAACAGCCUGGAAAGAACACAUCGCAGGUGGCCACGAAGAAAAUCUCCGGAUGCUCGAAGAAAGCGUCAGGACAGCAAAGGACUUGGUGUGCCCAGCUGGAGGCAGUAGACGGAGGGCCAAGAGACAGGCCGCGCUCUGCGGCGAAGCUAUUAUCCAGGAUCCAUUGCCAGGGCCCGACGAUGCUGCAACCCCUCCCAAAGGUGAAGAUACUCCAGCUCCUCCCAAGGGCGAAGAAGCCCCAACUCCUCCCAAGGGCGAAGACGCCGCAGCUCCUCCCAAAGGCGAAGACGUCCCGGCUCCUCCAAAGGGGGAGAAGAUUCCCUCUUCUAAGCUAGGGAAGGCAGCAGAACUGGCUGAGACGAUUUCGGAGAAGGAAUUUGCGGAAAUCGCGGCCAAACGUGGGCUAUCGACCCUAGCCAAGGAGAAGUGGUCCAUGUCCCUAUCGGAUGUGCGCACAUCGCUCAAGUACGAGCGGCUCACACCUGCUUCGCCCAAAGUCAGCGGCGGCGGCUUCAAGGGACCUUCGGCCGGUGCAGGUGCAGCCGCGAUCGUUGGCGGUGCCGUAUGGGUAUAUGGGGUUGUCGAUGCUUUUACUCACAAUGUGACGGCUCUGGACCGCGCGGCGGCCGUGACGGCAAUCAUACCCUUUGUCGGCUGUGCCGUGCAGACGGCCGCCGAGGUGGAAAAGGGCGACGUCAACGGGCUGGACUCUGCCAUGUGCCUCCUUGGUGACGGACUCUUGCUCACCCCGGCCUUCCCGCUCGGCAUUGCCAUCCACGUCGUCCGAGCCGUCAUGAGCUUCUUCAAGCCUCCGCCGGUGCCCACCCUGGAGGACAUGCAGAGCGCUCGUGACAAGACCUGGAAUAGAUUCCUCGACGAUGACAUUUACACGUACAUCUACUCGCACCCAUCGUACAACAACGUCACUGACCACCCAAGGCGCUCUGAGGAGAAGACCUUCGGGGAAAAGCUGGAGAGCGCUCUCGCCAUCGAGGAGCUGGCUGUUCAGUCUCAGGGCGCACAGACAAUUGGUGCCGCGAGCGCCAGUGCCCAAGAAGACCUAGAGGCCACUGUAUCUCCUGAGGAGAAGGCCGAGAUGGAAAAGGGCAUCCUGACGGCCAAGGAACAGAUCUUAGCGGCCAUGGACAAGGAGAUUGUGCGCCGGCAGCGCCAGCUGCUCAUGACGCUGCCCAAGGCGCUCAAAGAAAGCCACGACAUCUCGCUGCAGCCCACGGCCGAUCAGUACAACAAGGACUUUAUCGAAAAUGUGGCCUCGGAGAAGAUGGUCAACACAUACAAGAAAAUAAGCUUCGUGGAUCCCGACAGCGGACGCCAGUUCGACGACGCAGACGAAGUCCGUGCUAAACUGAACGGCAUUGCCACAAGCCUGCGCCAAGCACCGCCGGCGCUGCCUGGUUACUUCGACCUUGCCUACAUUGUCGGACAGUCGCGGGCACUGGUGUCGCUGAACAAUGCCACGCUGUCUCCCCAGGACUACAUGAGGGAAAAGGUUGCAAACCUGUCAGAGUCUUCCGUGCAAUUGCAUGCUCUACAUCACACGCUUCAGGUUGCGCGCCUGCUUACCAAGAAAACCACCGAGGACAAGCUUUCCACAGUCUUUCCAAACGACGACGCGCAAGGCGCCAGAGAACUCCAAACGAUUGUUGCGAUGAAGUACGGAAGACUGCACGACGACGCGAAAUUCAAGUGGGCCGACGCGAAGUUUAAUGGCGCAACAUCCUUCUUCCUCGACGAGCAAAUGCCAGGACUGACCCGAUAUCUCACCCAUCCGGAAGUCCCUCCCAGCCUGGAAAAGACAGAGAGCACUCUCGUGGUCUCCCUUGUCAUUGGUCUGGGCCAGUCCAUCGUCGAGAGCCUGACCCAACAUGCGGAGGCGCUCGGCGAGCGCGAGGAGGUAGGUCUCGGCCAGGUCAUCAUGGACUUGGCGGCCAAGCUCCAGGGCAUGGUGGGCGAGUCCGACUCUCAGUGGGCCGCGGCAGUCGAGGCGAGCAGGAACAAGUACAACAGCACAGCUAUUCCCAGCCCUGACCCUGCGCCGGCCGCCAGGCUGAGGAGGACGCUGCCCCGGUCGAACUCUGGGCACCGAGCGCAACUCGGGGUUUCUGCGCAGUAG